AAAGAUGUAACCGGAUCAUUGAAACGAAUCUCAUUGAGUGAGCCUACGGGCAUGCAAAGCAUUCUUAUGCACGCUUUUCCGGGCACAAGGAUACCGAUUCCGCACCUCGAGCAGCCUGUUACCUCGACUCAGCUUCACAUCCCCAGAGUUUCAUUCCUUGAGGAGCAGACGGUACAGACCGCAUCAACUCUCUUCCAGGCACAGCCUCAGUAUUCAUUCGAAUCAUGGGAAGAUUGUGUCAAGUUCCAAGAGGCAUUACUCGGGCAGACAGUGGUCUUCACCGCCGGCAUUGCAGAAGCCAAAUCCAAAGGUCGAGGCGAAGAAUGCAUCAGCCAAAAUCUGCGCAUUUUACGGGCAAAGAACGGACGACAGGUCAUACUAUUCUUCACAAACUCUCAGCGAAAGGAGAAGAAGAAAUACAUCACGAUUCCUCUUGACUGCAUUGAUCACAUCGAACAAAGCAAGAAAUCUGGACGACCGCUUGCGCUUACAUUACGGCCGAAUUUCGAACUGCUUUCACAGCUUAGAACGCUGCAUAUUCUUUUCCUCGACGAAAAUGACCAAAAAAGAUUCUUCGGCCUCCUGUGUCAUGGGGUAGGCUAUCAAGGUUAA